CAGGUCCUCGAGCCAGUGCAAGUCUCCCUUUCUCUGGGACCGAAGCCCAGGAGUGCAGCUGGGUCAUUGGUAGUUGUGCAUUUGGUUGGAAAAGGAUCCUUCACUUUCCAUCAACACCCGUGUGUCCUCUGGGGAGAGGACCUUGACGUGCAUGCCUUCCUGCCGCGGUUGUCGCUAUGGACCGGGCACCGGGCCAGGCAGGGUGUCAGGCACCGGGCAUACUGCGGGAACAGGGCUUCUCAUGGAGCUGUCUUGCUGCAGAGCUGGAGUUCGUCGAGAUCACCAUCAUUGUGGUGGUGGUGAUGGUGAUGGUGGUGGUGAUCACGUGCCUGCUGAGCCACUACCGGCUGUCCGCGCGCUCCUUCAUCGGCCGGCACAGCCAGGGCAGGAGGAGAGAAGACGCCCUCUCUUCGGAAGGAUGCCUCUGGCCCUCCGAGAGCACGGUGUCAGGCAACGGAAUCCCAGAGCCGCAGGUCUACGCCCCUCCAAGGCCCACCGACCGUCUGGCUGUGCCGCCCUUCACCCAGCGGGACCGCUUCCACCGCUUCCAACCCACGUACCCGUACCUGCAGCACGAGAUCGACCUGCCGCCCACCAUCUCGCUGUCGGACGGGGAGGAGCCCCCGCCCUACCAGGGCCCCUGCACCCUCCAGCUGCGGGACCCCGAGCAGCAGCUGGAGCUGAACCGCGAGUCCGUGCGCGCGCCCCCGAACAGAACGAUCUUCGACAGCGACCUGAUGGACAGUGCCAUGCUGGGCGGCCCCUGCCCCCCCAGCAGUAACUCGGGCAUCAGCGCCACGUGCUACGGGGGCGGCGGGCGCAUGGAGGGCCCGCCCCCCACCUACAGUGAGGUCAUCGGGCACUACCCCGGGUCCCCCUCCUUCCAGCACCAGCAAAGCAGCGGGUCGCCCUCCUUGCUGGAGGGGACCCGGCUCCACCACGCACACAUCGCACCCCUGGAGAGCACAGCUGCCUGGAGCAAAGAGAAGGAGAACCAGAAAGGGCACCCGCUCUAGGAAUCCCGCGGCCGGGGCCGGGGCGGCAGGAGGUAAAAGGCGAAACACUCCGCACUUCUUAGACGGGAAGACAGAGGAGGACUGGGCGGCACCCUCGACGUUCGGCGCGUCACCAUCCUCUCCCCCUCUCUCUGUGUAUAAAUAUUUACGUGUUCUGUCUGGUCUGAAUGCACAAGCUAAGAAAGCUUGCAAAAAAACCCACAUUUCGUUGUUGAGCUGUGUCUUGGAGGCAAAAGAGAAAAAAACCACAAAACCUACCCUAGUCUUUCUGUUUCUAGUUGAGCCGCGUGCGUGAAUGCUUCUUUUCUUUUGUUUAUGAUGAUUUCACUUAACUUUAAAGACAUAUUUGCACAAAACCUUUGUUUAAAGAUCUGCAAUAUUAUAUAUAUAAAUAUAUAUAAAAUAAGAGAGACUGUAUUGUGAGGGCAGGAGUAUUUUUGUAUUAGAAGAGGCCUAUUAAAAAAAAUGUUGUUUUCUGAACUAGAAGAGAAAAAAUGGCAAUUUUUGAGUGCCAACUCAGCGUGUAUUACCUUGUAAAGAAAAAAAAAGUACAAAGCAGGGGUUUAGAGUUAUUUAUAUAAAUGUUGAGCUUUUGCACUAUUUUUUAAUAUAAAUAUGUCAGUGCUUGUUUGAUGGAAACUUCUAUCAUGUCUGUCGAGACCUUUAAGGGAGAAAUGUCGAAAUUUCACAGUUGACUUCAGGCAGAGGGCAGGCUCUACACGGAGUUUGGAGAGGCUUCCGGAGGGGGCCGCUUUCCUGGGAAGUGGAAACUUCUGGCUAGCGAUAGGUUAUUACCUCGUUACACAUUCCCCACCGAAGGAGACACGUUUUCCCCCCUCUGGGCCACAACAGCCUUCGGAUGGCAAAUGAAAUAGGGAAGUUACUCCAGGCACGAAGUUCCAGGUGGUGGCUUUGCCUUUCCCAAGAUGAAAAUAAACUUACUGAAGAAUCUUAGUUUUUCCUCCUGUUCUCGUAAGCAUGAAGCCCCCCCCCGACCCCGGGAAGGGGCUAAGGUGCCCCCCUCUCUAGCCCCCAGCUGCUCCCAGCGCAUGUUGCUGGGGACCCCCCCUCCCCCCGCCGAGGGGCUUGGGUGGCUACUUUUCAUGGAGGGCUUUGGGGCAAUUGGGCUGGCUCCAGGACUUAAAAGCUCAGGUCGGUGGAGUCGGGCGGAUCAGAAAGGCCCGAAGUGUUAGGAAUUUUACUUCAUCCCGGUCUUGCUCUUUACGUAGCAAUUCUUACUCAACAGGCCAACAAACAACACCAGAGAUGAAAAAUCGAGAUGCCCAGAUUUCUUCCGGGACAUGCAAAAGGGUUAACACAAAAGAAACAGUCAAACCUAUGCUUUAUGCUUUCAAGACAGAAUUCUUGACCUGCUCUCCCGCAUCUUCAUCCCCUCUCCCCGUGGAAACAGUCAUGUUGGAUGUGUUUAUUUACCUGUGUUUUCAUAGCCUCUUCAGCAGAUACAACUGGUUUACCAGGAUUUUACUGAGCGAUUUCGGUGUGGCGGGACCCCUUGGUGACGGCGUGCAGGCACGUGAGCAGGCACACGACGUGUGCGCACGGUGGCGACAGGCGGGACGGUGGAGUGGGGGUCCCUUGGGAUCUACCAGGGACAGUGGCUGGAGCUGCAGUCCCUUCCUCCCACUGAGGACUUGUUCACAUUCCAUGGGGUGAUCCCCCCCCCAAACGGAAGAGCAGCCUGCCCCCCAGCCCCCUCUGCACAGAGCUGUCUUUUCAUUUCGGCAGACUGCUAACUCGCGGACUAACAUCAGAGGAGGCAUAAGGGCAAUAAUUCUUGUUUUUAAGCAACUUUUUUAUGACUUAAACAAAAACCUGAGAACCGUUUUGAAGUUCUGACCCUUUGAACUCUAUUUAUAUAUACAUUUUCAGAGACAUGGUGACCAACAGGUAAACGUGGAGUCUGAGUGUCUGCUGCCCAGCCAGGCAGAAAGUUCUUGUAUUUUCACCAUGAAACCUGCCUCUCCGUGGGGCUCUUCAGCCUAACGUGGCUUCUUGAAGAGGAUUCUUUUAAGAAGUUGUGCAGAGAAAUCGGUAUAAUUUGUCCUCAAAGGUACAGGGACACAUUUAUAGAUAAAAUUUUUAAAAACUGUAUCUUUCCUUGAUGCGAAGUCUCCCUAGUGCCUUACUGAGGAACCAGGGCUCUCUUGUCACCAGUGGGGGGCGUCCCCGGGCAGUGGCUCCAUCACCCGGGGACUGACCUUCCCACUCGAGGUCAACAAAGGGUUGCUGCUGCUUCUCAAACAUCCCUGUCGCCCUCUCGUGUCCCGCCCGCCCUCCACCGUGGGUGUGCCUGGCUCCGUCAGGAGACCCUCUUCCUGGGCCUGCACCCUCUUGUCCAGUGCUGUGUUUGACUCCCAUGGGAGUUGUCGGCCUAGAAGUGGCCCUCGGUCGUGUGGGCAGUGGCAGGGCCAAGCGUUCCGAGGUCGUCUUGAGCCAAACUGUCUGAAUCCUGUUGCUUGGUAGUGCGGUCUGCGUGUGUGGGGUUUGGAAGGAGGCAGGGGAGUGGGUUCCUGACCUCAGCUGGCUUGAGGGCAGAGCACGCCCCUCCGAUGGCACCCCAGAAAUGCAGUCCGGGGCUCGAUGCCGCAGCCCCCCCCCCCCGGCUUCGUGCCAGGCCGAUGCCAGGUACAGAGGGUCGUGGCACAGCAGCUAGUCAAAGUUGGGGCACAGCCCGAGAAAACCGGCGGGGUGUCAGGAAACGACUGUUGGAGCUAAGCUCUCGGUUUCUCUGCUGGACCUCAGAGCUGGGGGGUGCACUCAUUCCUCUAGAUGUUGGCUGUCAUAGCAUUAUCUUUGAAAAGGCUUUGAGCAUCCCUGAGGAGACCUCCUUUUUCCAGUAAAAAGUAUGGGGUCCUUGGCAGUGGCUGGUUGGAGGGGGACCAGUUUGGGCUUCCUCUGUUCCUCAUCGUUUCCCUGCUCGUCAAUCAUGUUUCCUCCCAAGGAAGAGCAUUUCCCCCCCACAAAGGCCAGGUCUCCGCAGACCGACUUAACAAGGGGCCCUGAGAGCCAUCCCUGUCCCCCCCUCACCCCCCCUGAAGCCCAGUGUUCUUUGCAAAGAACUAAAACUCCCCCCACCCCCAACGUCUAGCAAACACCGGGGCAGAGCAAGAACCGAGUCCAUUCCCUGUCCUUGUCUCUGUGAAUUGUAUGUUUCAGAAAUUGCUUUCACAUGCACACAAAGCUUCCAGAUCAUAAAACAUCCCAGUGAUAAGGAAAAAUAAAAGCGUUGUUUUGUUUUGUUUCGUUUUUGUUUGUUAUUUGUUUCUGGAAACUGCGCUUUGAAUCUUGCUGUACUAUAGAGCCCAGAAGGACACGCGUUCUCAUUUGCCGGCCUGAUUCCAUGGUGGUGUGCUCAUGGCACGCUUUUACGUUGCGUUCUUGGCGUUGGAACCGCUCUCCUUUGCAGCCCUGUUUCCCAAGUUCUGUUCAAGUUAAACUCAUGUACACUCUCCGUGGCACGCCGGGCGCUGCGCCCACAUUGCUGCUGCGUAAGACUCUGUAUUUGGAUGCCAAUCCACAGGCCUGAUGAAAUCGCUUGUUGUGUAUCAAUAAUCAUUAGUGGCAAUGAUGACAUUCUGAAAAGCUGCAAUACUUAUACAAUAAAUUUUACAAUUCUUUGGA